AUGCAUUUUCCUCUGUGGAAACAAAUUCACCACUGUGCUGCUCUGAUCUUGGAUAAGAGUAAGAGCAGAAGAAGAGAUGGCUCUGAUUCACCAAUCGAUGUUCGAAGAAAAGCUUCCAUGCUUCGAAGAUUGUACGAAGAUAAGCUUAGAGAAGCUCUUGAAGAAGCAUCUGAGAAUGGGUCACUCUUCAAAUCUCAAGAUAUUGACAAAGAGAAUCAACAAGAUGAAACCUUGGGUCGAUCUAGAUCCUUGGCUAGGCUUAACGCUCAACGCGAGUUCUUACGCGCAACCGCUUUAGCCGCUGAACGCACUUUCGAGUCUGAAGACGCCAUCCCUGAGCUCCUUGAAGCUUUCAACAAGUUUUUAACAAUGUACCCAAAGUACGAGACUUCUGAGAAAGUUGAUCAGUUGAGAUCUAAUGAGUAUGCUCACUUGUUAGAUUCAAAGGUAUGUCUUGAUUACUGUGGUUUUGGGCUUUUUUCGUAUGUUCAGACUCUGCAUUAUUGGGAUUCUUGUACGUUUAGUCUCUCUGAGAUUACUGCCAAUUUGAGUAACCAUGCGCUUUACGGUGGUGCUGAGAGUGGGACUGUGGAACAUGAUCUCAAGACUAGGAUAAUGGAUUAUCUGAAUAUCCCUGAGAGUGAGUAUGGUCUUGUUUUCACUGUAAGCAGAGGCUCUGCGUUUAGGUUGCUUGCGGAAUCUUACCCUUUCCAUACGAAUAAGCGGCUUUUGACAAUGUUCGAUCAUGAGAGUCAGUCUGUGAAUUGGAUGGCUCAAACCGCGCGGGAGAAAGGUGCGAAAGCUUAUAACGCUUGGUUUAAAUGGCCAACUUUGAAGCUGUGUUCAACGGAUUUGAAGAAGCGUUUGUCUUAUAAGAAGAGGAAGAAAAAAGAUUCCGCGGUUGGGUUGUUUGUAUUUCCUGCGCAGUCUAGGGUUACGGGUUCUAAGUAUUCUUACCAGUGGAUGGCUUUGGCUCAGCAGAACAACUGGCAUGUGUUGCUUGAUGCUGGUUCUUUAGGUCCCAAAGAUAUGGAUUCGCUUGGGUUAUCAUUGUUUCGACCAGAGUUUAUCAUCACCUCGUUCUACAAGGUAUUUGGCCAUGAUCCUUCAGGUUUUGGUUGCCUCUUGAUUAAGAAGUCGGUGAUGGGUAAUCUUCAGAGCCAGUCUGGGAAAACGGGAUCAGGAAUAGUGAAGAUCACACCUCAAUAUCCGUUAUAUCUUAGUGAUUCGAUAGAUGGUUUGGACGGAUUGGUUGGUCUUGAAGAUCAUGACGUUGGUACAAAUGGUUACAAAGCUGCCACCACGGAAGCUGCUCGUAAAGGACCUCAGAUGCCGGUAUUCUCUGGUGCAUACACUUCAGCUCAAGUGAGAGAUGUGUUUGAGACAGAGCUUCUAGAAGAUAGUAUCUCUGAUAGAGAUGGGACUAGUAGUACCAUAUUUGAAGAAAAUGAAAGCAUUUCGGUUGGAGAACUGAUGAAAAGCCCAGCUUUCAGCGAAGAUGAGUCAUCCGAUAAUUCGUUUUGGAUCGAUUUGGGUCAAAGUCCACUUGGAUCUGACCGUGCGGGUCACAUGAACCACCAUAAAAUUGCCUCUCCAUUGCCACCAUUUUGGUUUACCAGCAAACGGGAAUCACCAAAACCGGUAGCAAAGAGUUACAGCAGUCCUAUGUAUGAUGGUAAAGAUGUCCUCUCGUUUGAUGCUGCAAUUAUGUCAGUUACUCAGGAGACAAACUCAACGCCAUCGCGGAAUCUGAGGAACUCUAAUAAGCUUCAAAUUCAAGAGAUACAGGAAGAAAACAGUGGUAACAAUGUGUUUCACGCAGGAUCUGGUUUUGGAUCAAAUGGCUCAAGCUCAAAGAUUUCCUCAGAUAUGAAAGACAAUGCAAUUAGACGAGAAACAGAAGGCGAGUUUAGGUUAUUGGGAAGAAGGGGUACUGGUGGGAGGCUUAUGGGUGUGGAAGAUGAACAACCAAGCAGAGGGACACGGGUUUCGUUUAACAUGGACCGUGUCAGUCAUAGUCUUGACCAAGGUGAAGCUUCUCUGGCCAGUGUAUAUGACGAAAGUGAUGGUGAAAACCCGAAUGAAGAUGAUUGGGACAGAAGGGAACCCGAGAUUGUUUGCAGCCAUAUCGAUCAUGUGAAUAUGUUAGGUCUUAAUAAAACCACAACUAGACUCAGAUUUCUGAUUAACUGGCUUGUUAUCUCUUUGCUACAACUGAAAGUACCUGAAGGAGGCGGUGACGGUAGCAGCAGAUACAUGAAUCUUGUGCAGAUUUAUGGUCCAAAGAUAAAGUACGAAAGAGGAGCAGCGGUUGCUUUCAAUGUGAAAGACAAAAGCAAAGGGUUUGUAAGUCCAGAGGUUGUUCUGAAACUGGCUGAGAGAGAAGGUGUAUCUCUUGGUAUUGGUAUCUUGAGUCACAUACGCAUAAUGGAUAUCCCAAGAAAUCAUCGUGGGGGCACUAGGAUCAAGGAAGAUAGCUCGUUGCAUCUGCAGAGAGAAGCUGGUAAGCGCGGUGCAAAAAAUGGGUUUGUGAGAUUCGAGGUUGUCACAGCUUCUCUCAGCUUUCUGACAAACUUUGAAGAUGUUUACAAGCUAUGGGCUUUUGUAGCCAAGUUUUUAAACCCCGGUUUCAGCAGAGAAGGCUCGCUCCCGACUGUAAUUGAAGAAGAAGCAGAAGAUUCAGAGACGUGA